AUGGCGGUCUGUUCGUGGCUGCUUGUUAAAGUUAUAUUUUAUUCAAUUUUAUUGAUUCUACUUAAUAUCAAGGCUUACAAUAUUGAAUCUAUGCAAGUGUACAACCUCAGGGAGAACUUUCGGGCUGUUAGCGAAUUGUCUCGUCCAGUAUUCAACGACAUUUGUCAUCUAAAACGUCGACGAUCGUCUCAGCUCGCUGAUUCUACGGCAAAUUUUAAAGCGACCAAAGUUAUUCAUCUUACAAGGGAUAUGUUGUUGGUAACGUUACUAAAACUCUGUGGUGAUGUUGCUCUAAACCCUGGCCCUGUUCAACUAAAUUUGCAAUCGCCAAUAUCUAAAGGUUUAAAGAUCUGCCACUGGAAUAUACAACGGCUUACAACAACCAAACAAGACGAAAUAAAGAUUAGCCUCACGGAAAAUUCGAACAAUUCAAACAAGAUCGAUAUUCUGUUUUUAUCGGAGACAUUCUGCACGAACAAGACUCCUGACUACCUAUACGCUAUCACGGACUAUAAAUUAUUUCGUAAGGACAGAAUAG